AUGCGACUCUGCAUUGACUACCGAGGCCUUAUUCAAGUGACCAUCAAGAAUCGGUACCCGUUGCAGAGAAUUGAUGAGUUGCUUGACCAGUUGCAAGGAGCGAAAUGGUUUUCAAAGAUCGAUUUGCGCUCGGGGUAUUACCAGAUCCGAGUGAAGCUAAUGCACCGCGUGUUUAUGGAAUAUCUCGAUGAGUUCAUCAUAAUCUUCAUCGACGAUCUCUUGAUCUAUUCACUGGACUAG